AUGAUGGCGGUAGCAGGUCCGAGCCGUCUGGCAGCAACAGCGGCUCUUGUUGCUCGUUCAGCGGCACCAUCAAGGAUCGUAUCGACAGGAUCAUCCCGGUACUUGUCCCACUCCGCUUCAAUAGCCAAACCAUUGACACUCGCAACGUCAGGGCCGACGAGCACAUACCAUCCACCGAUCGCAGGAAACGUCGCCGUCACCUCACAGCUGUCAUCGCAAGAUCGAGCCCGUCAAAGGAUCUCAAACAUCGAUGCUCAGCUCGAACCACCGACGUCUCCCUCUCGCUACCUCCGAGAUCGCCAUUCACGGCAGCAUACCUACCUCCGCAUCUCGUUGACGGAGAAGUGCAAUCUACGCUGCCUAUAUUGCAUGCCGGAAGAUGGAGUCCCGCUGACACCCUCAGCCAACUUGCUGUCAACAUCAGAGGUCGAACGUCUCGCGUCGCUCUUUGUCUCGCAAGGCGUCAACAAGAUCCGCUUGACAGGUGGAGAACCCACCGUCCGCUCCGACCUGCCGCAGAUUGUCGCCUCAUUCAACUCUCUCAAACAGCAUGGCCUUGAACAAAUCGGCAUUACCACCAACGGUAUCGCACUUGGCAGGCGCAAGCUCGACACGCUUGUCAACAAUGGGCUCACACACCUCAAUGUAUCGCUUGACACGCUCGAUCCCUUCAAGUUUGAGUUCAUGACAAGAAGAAGAGGCCAUGAAGCUGUCAUGGACUGCAUCGAAAGGGCUCUGGCGCUCGGUGUGCCAAGUGUCAAGAUCAACGUGGUCGUCAUCAAGGGCCUGAACGACACGAAGGAUGUCGUCGACUUUGUCCGUUUCACCAAAGACAAGCUUAUUACUAUCCGAUUCAUCGAGUAUAUGCCCUUUGAUGGCAACAAGUGGCAGGUGCGAAAGCUAGUUCCUUAUCGUGACCUCGUCAAGACCAUCCAAGCAGAGUUCCCGGAUUUCGAACGUGUGGCUGAUCGCGACGAUCCCAACGACACAUCCAAACACUGGCGUGUGCCUGGUCAUCAGGGCACCGUCGGUUUCAUCACCAGCAUGACAGAAAAUUUUUGUGGUACGUGCAACAGACUCCGCAUUACUGCGGACGGCAAUCUCAAGGUCUGCCUCUUCGGUAAUGCCGAAGUCAGCCUUCGCGAUGCGAUGCGAAGCGGGUUUGGUCCGAUCGCUUCCCUCAGCACUGGCUCGGAUGGCGAGCCAGCGACAGACGAACAGCUGCUCGAGCUGAUCGGCGCUGCCGUGGGUCGCAAGCAUGCCAAGCAUGCAGGCAUGCGCGAUCCGACCGAGCUGGCGAAAUCGCUCAACAGGCCCAUGAUCACGAUUGGUGGUUGA